AUGUAUGCCACAUAUCAGAUCUUCGAAUGUCUUGUCAAGUUCGACAUUUUCUUUUGGGUCGGCUUCUCCGUGCAGUUCAUAUGGUUGGUCCUCCAGAAGAACGAUUGGGAGUACUACGUCACCUGGGCAGCUCUCCCGUUAUCAAUUCUCCUCCUCAUCGAAGGCCACCUUGCUGCGCGUCACGAGAAUAAGUGGAUGAUGGGAACUUUCAGUUCAGGAUACAUUGGUGGCACCAUUUAUUCGGUCCUCAACAUC